ACUUCCGGAUUGAGGCGGAAGUGGGACCGGAGGCGUGGACCCUAGGGUGCUGUGGACAGGUGGUAGCUGAGGCGCGGGCCGCGAGCCGGAGAAGCAAGGCAGUCUCCGGGCUCGGCUGCCUUCUCUCUGGGUUCCCGAGACACCGAUCGGUGCCAGGAUGGCUCGGGGCGAGCGGCGGCGCCGUGCAGUGCAGGCAGAAGGAGCACGGACAGUCGAGAGGACUGCUCGGGGCGGCCCCGGACGACGGGACGGCCGGGUUGACGGACCCCGCGGCACAGCUGGGGGAGCGGCGAUGGCCGUCGUGGUCCUGGUUCUGGCUCUGGGCGUGUCCGGACGUUGGAUGCUGGCGUGGCACCGUGCACGGCGAGCAAUUACGUUGCACUCCGCACCCCCAGCGCUGUCCCCUGAUUCCUCCAGCCCCGCGGUGGCCCCGGACCUCUUCUGGGGCACCUAUCGCCCUCACGUGUACUUCGGCAUGAAGACUCGCAGCCCGAAGCCCCUCCUUACCGGACUGAUGUGGGCGCAGCAGGGCGCCACCCCAGGGACCCCUAAGCUCAGGCACACGUGUGAACAGGGGGACGGCGUGGGUCCCUAUGGCUGGGAGUUCCACGACGGCCUCUCCUUCGGGCGGCAACACAUCCAGGAUGGGGCCUUAAGGCUCACCACUGAGUUCGUCAAGAGGCCUGGGGGUCAGCACGGAGGGGACUGGAGCUGGAGAGUGACUGUAGAACCUCAGGCCUCGGCUACCUCUGCCUUUCCUUUGGUCUCCCUGUUCUUCUAUGUGGUGACAGAUGGCCAGGAGGUCCUACUACCAGAGGUUGGAGCCAAGGGUCAGUUAAAAUUCAUCAGUGGGCACACCAGUGAACUUGGUGACUUCCGCUUUACACUUUUACCACCAACCAGUCCAGGGGACAUUGCACCCAAGUAUGGCAGCUACAAUGUCUUUUGGUCCUCCAACCCGGGACUGCCCCUGCUGACAGAGUUGGUGAAGAGCCGUCUAAAUAGCUGGUUUCAGCAUCGGCCCCCUGGGACCUCUCCUGAACGAUACCUCGGCUUGCCUGGAUCUCUGAAGUGGGAAGAGAAAGACCCAAGUGGGCAAGGGCAGGGACAAGGACAAUUCUUGAUACAGCAGGUGACACUGAAAGUCCCCUUUUCCAUGGAAUUCGUGUUUGAAUCUGGCAGUGCCCACACAGGAGGAAACCAAGCUCUGGGGCAGCUGGCAGGCAGCCUACUGACCCAGGCCCUGGAAAGCCACAUUGACAACUUUCGAGAGCGCUUUGAGAAGAUCUUCCGGCUUAAAGAGAAGGGCCUGAGCCCUGGGGAGCAGGCUUUGGGUCAGGUUGCCCUCAGUGGCCUCCUUGGUGGGAUUGGCUAUUUUUAUGGACAAAGUCUGGUAUUGCCUGAUGUGGGAGGGGAAGGAUCUGAGCAAAAGGUGGACCCAGCCCUCUUUCCACCCCUCCCUCUUUUUUCAGGGGUGCCCUCCCGGUCAUUCUUCCCACGAGGCUUCCUUUGGGAUGAGGGCUUUCACCAACUAGUGGUCCAGCGGUGGGAUCCACAUCUCACCCGGGAGGUCCUAGGCCACUGGCUUGGACUACUCAAUGCUGAUGGCUGGAUUGGGCGGGAGCAGAUACUGGGGGAUGAGGCCCGAGCCCGGGUGCCCCCAGAAUUCCUAGUGCAACAGGCAGCCCAUGCCAACCCCCCAACCCUGCUCUUGCCAGUAGACCACAUGCUAGAAGGUGGUGACCCUGCUGACUUGGCUUUCCUCCACAGAGCCUUUCCCCGCCUGCAUGCCUGGUUCUCCUGGCUCCAUAAGAGCCAGGCUGGGCCAGUGCCACUAUCUUACCGCUGGCGGGGCCGGGACCCAGCCUUGCCUACGCUACUGAACCCCAAGACACUGCCCUCAGGGCUGGAUGACUACCCCCGGGCUUCGCACCCUUCAGCAACAGAACGGCACCUGGACCUGCGGUGCUGGGUGGCAUUGGGUGCCCGUGUGCUAUCACAGCUUGCAGAGAGGCUGGGGGAGUCUGAGGCAGCUGCUGAGCUGGGCCCACUGGUUGCCUCACUGGGGGCACAGGAGAGCUUGGAUGAGUUGCACUGGGCUCCAGAGCUAGGGGUCUUUGCAGACUUUGGGAACCACACGAGAGCAGUACAGCUGAAGCCUAGGCCUCCUCAGGGGCUGGUUCGGGUGGUGGGACGGCCCCUACCUCGCUUGCAGUACGUGGAUGCCUUGGGCUAUGUCACUCUGUUUCCCUUGCUGCUGCGGCUGCUAGAGCCCAAAUCAUCCCGCCUUGGGCCCUUGCUGGAUGUUCUGUCUGACAGCCGCCAUCUCUGGAGCCCCUUCGGUUUGCGUUCUCUUGCAGCCUCUAGCUCCUUUUACAGCCAGCGAAAUUCUGAGCAUGAUCCUCCCUACUGGCGGGGUGCUGUGUGGCUCAAUGUCAACUACCUGGCCUUAGGAGCACUCCACCACUAUGGGCAUCUGGAGGGUCCCCACCAGGCUCAGGCUGCUAAGCUCUACAGGGAGCUACGUGCCAAUGUGGUGGGCAAUGUGUGGCGUCAGUACCAGGCCACAGGGUUCCUGUGGGAACAAUACAGUGACAGGGAUGGGCGAGGCAUGGGCUGCCGUCCUUUCCAUGGCUGGACCAGCCUUGUCUUACUGGUCAUGGCUGAAGACUACUGAAAUGGAGAUGAAAGGAAAGCCAGGCCAUUCAUGCCAUUCUUAAUCUGGAGACAAGGUCUCUGGCUUUUGCCCCGAGUCCCUCAGAUACCAGUAAUUCAAACCUUCCUCAGCUCAUCUCAGGUGUCCCUACUGUCAUCCCACAGAGUCCUGGGAUGAAGGUGAACUCAAGAGUCUAUUUUUCUAAAUAAAUUGGAAAAAA